CAUACAUCCAAGGAAGAGAUCAAUGAGAUGUCUCCUCUACCGCUCAUAUCUCACCAGACGGUCGUCCGCAGUCUUCACCCCGCAGUUCGUCUAAUAUACUGAGGUAAGCAGAGGUCGAAGCAACUCAAUGGCCCCGAAAGGUGAUGUUACUAAAAAGGCUGACCCAAAGGUACAGGCUGCAAAGGUCGCCAAGGCCGUGAAAGGUGGGACUACCUUCAAGAAGAAGGGAAAGAAAAUCCGCACCAAAGUCACCUUCCACAGGCCAAGGACAUUUAAAAAGGAAAGGAACCCUAAAUACCCCCGGAUUAGUGCUACUCCUAGGUGCAAGCUUGACCAUUUCCAAAUUCUUAAAUAUCCUUUGACAACAGAGUUUGCAAUGAAGAAGAUUGAGGAUAACAACACCCUUGUUUUCAUUGUUGAUAUCCGUGCUGACAUGAAGAAAAUUAAGAAUGCGGUCAAGAAAAUGUAUGAAAUUGAGACCAAAAAGGUCAACACUUUGAUCAGGCUUGAUGGUCCGAAGAAAGCAUAUGUGCGAUUGACUGCAGAUUUCGAUGCAUUGGAUGUUGCAAACAAGAUUGGAAUCAUCUAAACCCAAAACUGUAAUCUGUUGCAGCCCCAAGUCUGAAAUUGAAAGUUUUGUUACUUGUUUUGGAGUUGGAAGCUUGAGAAUUGCCCCUGUAGUAUUUCAGAGGUGUUUGAUCUGUUUUUUUUUUGCCAUUUCUAAAUUUCGAUUUGGCAGUGUCAUGUUAUUUUGGAGAUUAUGAACUUAAAU